AUGGACACGGCCUAUUCUACAAAUCAUAGCGUGGAACCAAUCAACUUCUUGGCAUACUCAAUCGCCACCCCGGCGUCCUCAUCCGCAGACGGUACGAACCCAUUAGCGGUUCGAUGUGAUGCUGAUUGUAACGGUCACGGUGAAUGCCUUUCUAGUGGGCGAUGUAAAUGUGCUCCAGGAUUUAUGGGAGAGGCUUGUGAAGAGUCUGUUUGCCCGGUAGUCUGCAGUGGUAACGGAGUGUUCUCUGGUGGCGCAUGUGUAUGCCGGACUGGAUUCAAAGGGAAGGAAUGCGAUGUUCAUGCUCAUUGGUGUGAAAUCCCAGACUGCAGCGGUCAUGGACGAUGUGGAGACGAGGGUGUAUGUCAGUGUGAGAAGGGUUGGACCGGAGAGGGCUGUGAAUUGCGAGCAUGUUCCCAUCCAACUUGUUCGGACCAUGGAGUAUGUGUGAAUGGCCAGUGCUACUGUGCUGACGGAUGGCGGGGAAAGGAAUGUGCUGAGCAAGUUAUGGAACCGACCGUAGCUACCGUACCUGCUACUGUAGUCGCUGCCUUGGUACCAAUGGUUGAAGUAUUGCCAUCUCCGAGUGAAAAACCUAGACAAAUCAGUCGAGAAUUAGAGAGGCAAAAGUUGCCGAAACCUAGUAAAAUGAUAUUGCAACCACCGAAAUGUAAUGACCAUGGUAAAUAUGUGGUUGAUACUUGCCGGUGCGAUCGUGGAUGGGAAGGGAAGGACUGUGAAAAAGAGGUGUGUCCACCAUGCGAACAUGGUCUGUGCAGGGGUGGCCUGUGUAUAUGUGAAGCUGGCUGGGUUGGCAAUCUUUGUGAUCACGCGGAUUGCGCCAUAGGUUGUCUGGAUCAUGGUAAGUGCAUGAAGAACGGCACAUGCUUGUGUGACAAGGGAUGGAACGGAGGAAAUUGUCAUAUAGAAGGUUGUCCAUUAUCGUGUUCUGGGCAUGGCGAAUGUCGUUGGGGGUUGUUACCAGGCGGAGACGGUGAUGGAUGGCGAUGCGAUUGCCAGCCGUCUUUCAUCGGUGACGAUUGCGCUGUUCCGGUGGAAACAGAUUGCCAGGAUGGGCUCGAUAAUGACAAUGAUGGCUUGAUUGACUGCGAUGAUCCGGAGUGCUGCUCGUCAACGGAAUGCUCACGAGAAGCUGUCUGUGCAGCUGUACCAACCCCUGUGGAUGUGUUGCUACGGCUACCAGCCGUUCAAAACGCCAACUUCUUCCAGCGCGUCUCGUUCAUCAUUCGAAACGACUCCGUGCAAAGUUACUCGGAUAAAUCGCAGUUUAAUGAGAGCAUGAUAUCGGUUAUUCGUGGUCGUGUCGUUUGGAAUGGAGGAGCGAAUGGUGACAGUAAAAGUACGGUAGCACUGCCAGGAGUGAGGGUGUCGGAUGCAGCGAAUCCCCUAUAUGGCUUCACCCUCACCAGGCUCGAUGGUGAAUUUGAUUUACUAGUCAACGGUGGCCGUACAGUGAACCUGCAGUUUUUGAGAAGUCCUUUUCAACGGCUCAAACGAAGCGUCUAUGUACCCCCAAAUGAGAUUGUCGUCGUCGAACCGAUCAAAAUGGCACGGGAACGACAACGCGAACUUAGUGCUCGUCCAGAGUGUUCCGUCGCUAAUCGAGUAUUGCCGGUACCUAUACUUCGCCCAGAGUGGGCCGUUUCUACAGAUGGAAUACCGUCUUCGUCGAUUGCACCAACAUUGUUGGUCGAUACACGAAGUAUCGUUCAGAGCCUUCCACUCCCCGGUUCAUCUCUACGCUUGGUUUACGACUCAUCAAGAGUAACAGCAUCGCAGUCUACGCUGGUCUUGGGGCUUCUGCCGAACAAUGUCGAUCCUGAUCUUCGUCUCGUCCAUGUGAUAGUGAAAAUAUCAGGAAGGACAUUUGAGAAGAGCCUAGCACCUCGUGAAAACUUGACGUACGUAUGGUCCUGGGACAAGUUGAACGUGUAUCGCCAAAGUGAUCAUGGAAUGAUCCCAGCCGACGUGAAAAUCGGGUAUGAAUAUCGAGGCUGUGGUCGACCGUCCGAGGUAUCAUGGAUCAGCCGUCGAGUGUUCAUGGAAGGCGCACGUGCACGUCGCCUUGAAGGCGGAGCUUGGAGUGUGGACAUUCACCAUCACUUGGAUGUCGUGAAUGGUGUACUGGAAAUGGGUAACGGUGGUCGACGAUUCAUAGCAAACUCAGUGCCCAUGGUAGAGUUAUUCGCUGGAUCCGGCAAGCGUCGCCAGCUCGAAUGUCAGAAUUGUAACGGUCCUGUAGCGGAGGCCGACCUCUUUCGUCCAUCGGCACUGGCACACGGCUUGGAUGGGUGUGUUUUCAUUGGUGACCAUAACCAUGUAAGACGUGUUGGCCCUGAUGGGCAAAUCACCACUGUAUUGUCGUUGAGUCUUCCUGACACUUCGUAUCCUUACUACUUGGCUGUCAGUCCAGUAGAUGGAUUUCUGGUAAUCUCUCUUCCUCUUCACAAACAGAUCUGGAGAGUUGUCAGUCAUUUUCCGCUGGAUCCAACUGCAAAUCAUGAGGUAUUGGCUGGAGAUGGAACGGCAUGUCCUGCAGCAGCCGAUUCAUGCGGUGAUGGUGGACCAGCCACUGAUGCACAGUUGUUCUUCCCAAAGGGCCUUUCUUUCGAUGCGCAAGGGAACUUGUAUGUGACCGACGGGCGUCGCUUACGUGUUAUCGACAUACAUGGUAGCAUACGCUCCCUCGGAGACACUUCAUUCGAUCGUGCACCAUCCUGUGACCGCGCGGUGUUCCCUCUGGCACGAUUACAGGUGAAUAAUUUUAUUCAUAAUUAUAAUAUGCGUGUGGGUAGGUAG